CAAGGCGAUCAUCCUAGCGUUGGGCUUUGGGACGUACGUAGCCCUCCUCAGGAAGGGCGCCAUCUUGUGUGGGGGUACCUGGUGUCUUCACAGGCUGAAGUCUUGUUUCUCGAAGAAGAGGAAAGAAGACCCGGUCGAAGAGGAGAUAAGGUUGGUCCUGUCAUCAACUUCGUCAAAAAGAGGCGGAUUUAGUUGACACGUAUCCCUUUUCAGUGAUAAGCCAGUGGUCACAUUUAACCAGGAGAUCUGUCCGAUAUGCAUUGGGGUUCCCAAAGUCGGCGUGAGAGCACCUUGCGGACACCUCUUGUGUGCAGACUGUCUGGCAAAAUAUUGUGACGUCAGGAUGAUGUCUUCUCCGCCGCCAUGUCCACUUUGCAGAGCGCCGUUGGACUCGCUCGUCCUGACCUACGACAUGGAACCUUUUCAGGCCACCAUAAUCAGCCCGAUGAUGGUGGACGCGAAUGUCGACGCAAACACUAGAGCCUGGGUAAGGGAUUACAAUCUUCGAAGAGGUCUCAUCGCGCCGCCCAGGACGUCUCUAGUUUGGACCUUUCUAGCCCAUCACGCCUGCGUUAUCGCCUACGUUAUCACGCUCGCCCUAAUUCUAGGGCUGGUAGCGGUUAGGAUUAAGGUUGGUUCCUCUCCUUCUCAUGCUUCGCUGUAUCCAUCGCCCUAUACUCUUCUACGUGGUUUGGUUACAGCUUCGUCCAUUGAAUUUAUAGAUACUACCAUGGACAGGAUGGAUCGGCAUCGGAUCCGUCGUGGACAUUUUGCUGGGCGUCGCGUUGAUGAUCUGCGUUUGGCUUAAGUAUCAGGAGCAGUACACCAUCUUCGAAUAAAUUUCCAGCAUCCCAGAUAAGCAGUUAAUGGGAGCAGAAUGGAGUUCCAGAGAAAAUUAACGCCGGUGAACGGCCUCUUUAUGCCAUGUCCUAUUUGUCAUAUCAUUGAACUUCGCCGUUUGCACCGUGCGAAAGGAGGAAAAAAGAAAUCACCUUCUGCAAGGAAAUUAAUCCUUGCGACUUUAUUUAAGGCUGUCAGAAAAAUUAGUCAGAGAGAUGAGUACACGAGGUUAAUACAAAUUUCAGAUAUAUUCGAUGUCCUCACAUUUAGCUUCAAUAAGCUUUCGUUAUCCAUUGUCAAUUGAUUUUCGGCGUUUACACGGUUUCGAAUGAAAAGUCGAUAUACUUCGAAUAGUCAAUGACUUUGUACCCGAAAUCGUCGUUUGACUUGCAGCCAAGACGACUCUCACGAAAAUUAGUUUCGCUAGAGCCAAGAAAUUUAUUGGAGCAAAAAAGCGACAGGAAAGAUUGCGUCUAAUUAAUUUCCCCUGGGAGAUUCAUAUCUCGAUCAGUGAAUUCUCAUUGCGAUGUCAUAAGGAGACGUCUUGUCUUGAAUCCUCCUAUUUCAAAGAGUUCCUUCAAACGAACUAUUAAUUCGAACGAUCAAAGAAUUUAAAAACCCGCAGUUUCCGAUGGAAAAAUCGGCGCCUUUGUUAAAAUCAUCAUUUCUAUCAAUCCUGUCAGCAGCGAUCAAUCCUAACAUUUUGAAAAAUCGCCCGGCGCACUGCUUUUCUAUUAACCCAUCUUAAUUUAUUUUUAAAUUAUAAUCACCUUCAGUGUCACCAUCGGUUAGUUUUUAGUCGCCUCCAAUUUCAAAUGGUUCCUUCAAACAUGGCGCUAAAAUCAUUUCUAUAAAUUUAAAAAUUUUGAAAACUCUCUCGUCGCACUUUUUCUUCCAUCGACCCGCCCCGAUCGAUUUUCAAAUUCAGCUCACACGAUAUGAGCCUCGUACAUUUUCCUCCUGACCCGUCACGAUCGAUUUUCAAAUUCUGCUCACACGAUACGAGCCUUGGGUGUCACCAUCGGUCAGUCUCCCCAGUCGCUUCAAUUUCCCGGUUUAAAUGCCACCGUAGUUUCACACCUCUCCCAGUGGCCGGUCGCACGUGUCGCCGCGAGUCAUACG